CCGUAAAUUCCAACCCCCUUCCCCUCACAAAGGCGCGCCUCGGCCCUCGGCCUGCCCCGCUGCUCCGACCAGAGCACCAGCACUCUCCGGCUCUGCUUCGCGCCAUGGCGAUGCGGCUCUUCUCGUCCUCCCCGCCACCCCCGCUCCUCUCGGGCCCUAACACGACAGCGCUCUUCUCCAUCCGCCUUCGCCGCGCGCGGCCGCUCGUCUCAGCCGCGGCGGCGGGGGGACCCGAGCGGGACGGGGGUAGGUACGACGCGGAGGCGGUAGGCGUGGGGCCGUUCGACAGGAGGAUGGAGGAGAUUGCGAAGAAGGUUCCGCUCUUCGAGCCGGCGAUGGGCGAGCCCCCCGCCGCGGCUGACCGCCCGCUGCCCAUCAACCUCGAGCUUUGGCUCCACCGGGCCAAGGUGCAUACCAGGAAGUACGAGUUCACUGACGCCGAGAAACUGCUUGACAAGUGUAUGUUGUACUGGCCUGAAGAUGGGCGCCCAUAUGUCGCACUUGGGAAGCUAUAUAGUAAACAGUCGAGGUUUGACAAAGCUAGAGCAGUUUACGAAAAGGGUUGCCAAGCCACACAAGGCGAAAAUCCUUACAUUUGGCAGUGCUGGGCAGUGCUAGAAAGCAGGGGCGGAAAUCCUCGGAGAGCACGGGAGCUAUUUGAUGCUGCUACUGUGGCUGAUGCAAAGCACAUUGCAGCCUGGCAUGGCUGGGCAAUUUUAGAAAUCAAGCAAGGAAACAUAAAAAAGGCUCGAAACCUACUUGCAAAAGGUCUGAAAUGUUGUGGAGGAAAUGAGUACAUUUACCAGACUCUUGCUUUACUUGAAGCAAGAGCAGAGCGAUUUGAACAAGCACGAACGCUAUUCCAACAAGCUACUCAAUGCAAUCCAAAAAGUUGUGCAAGUUGGCUAUCCUGGGCUCAGGUAGAAAUGCGGGCAGAAAAUAAUGUCAUGGCCAGGAAGCUCUUUGAGAAAGCUGUCCAGGCUAGCCCUAAGAACAGAUUUUCGUGGCAUGUCUGGGCACUCUUUGAGGCCAAUCAAGGCAACACUGACAAAGCAAGGAAAUUACUUAAGAUUGGCCAUGCUGUGAAUCCUAGGGACCCUGUAAUUCUUCAGUCACUUGCACUGCUGGAAUACAACUGUUCAUCUCCAAAUGUUGCCCGUGUAUUAUUUAGAAAAGCAUCUCAGAUUGAUCCAAAGCACCAACCAGUUUGGAUAGCUUGGGGGUGGAUGGAGUGGAAAGAAGGAAAUGAGAGAACUGCACGAUCCCUCUAUCAAAGAGCCUUGUCGGUUAAUUCAACAAAUGAAUGUGCUGCUCGUUGUCUUCAGGCUUGGGGAGUCCUAGAGCAGCGUGCUGGUAACUACACCGCUGCCAGAAGAUUGUUGAGGUCUUCAUUGAACAUAAAUUCUCAGAGUGAGGUGACAUGGCUGACAUGGGCGGCAUUAGAGGAGGAACAGGGGGAUCCAGUUCGAGCUGAAGAAAUACGGGACCUUUAUUUUCAGCAGCGUAUCGAGGUUGUGGAUGAUGCCUCCUGGGUGAUGGGCUUCCUCGACAUCAUUGAUCCGGCUCUAGAUAGUGUGAAGAAGCUCCUAAACAUAGACCAAACUUUCGGGCCAGGCAGGCAAGACAAUGUGAGAAGCGCGACAGACCAAGGUAGAACCACCACGAGGACCUCUGCAGCUGGAGAGCUCUCUGGAGGUUCCACAGCUGAAGGUUCAAGUACUCCCGACCUCAACGGCGUUGACGACAGCCAAGCUGUUGGAAACACUCGGGAGGCAGAGAACGACUUUGAUGUGGACAGCUUCAUCAGGAGGAGGCUGGCCGUAGACCCGGCAGAGCUAGAUGCGUUGCUCGAGGGCUCUGAUCCGAGGAGAGUUGUCUCUGAGAGGAGAACGCGGCGGCUGACCAGGAAACCUCUCCCUCUUCUCCCCGUUCCUUAGUUCUUUGUUCUUCCAGUGAAGCAUGGAGCGGUUGCCAUUUCCAGCGUGCAUCGAUCACUAACAGGUACUGUGACCUGCGAGAUACAGUAGUAAGUAGGACGUGUAUUUCUGUGUAUAUCUGUACGAAUAAGAACGGCGAUGUUGUUAUUAGCAUUCCGCUGCUCAUUGUUAGGUGUAACCAUGUAUGUAUUUCUUUCAGAUGCUGAUACGAGAAGUAGUGUAGUUGUGUAUAGAGCGCCCAGCAUUAGUCAAUUGUAUUUGCAGUAUAGUUACAGCAUCUGUUAAGCAUUAUGGGGAAACAGUCUGCAAA